AUGGGACUGAUUUAUCGCAACUCCACUGUGACCGUCUACGCCAUGGCAUCCAAAGGCAGCAAGCACGGCAUCAUCCCCCAAGAUGUACAAGACGAACCGAAUCUUCCUCUGCCGGUGAGCGUCAAAGUUUCGCAGGGCAGCGAGGUCGCUGUAACUGUGUUGCGGCAGGACUUCGGUGAAGAGACUCUCAAGAAACUGGAUAAUCUCUGUCCUCUAUCCAGCCGGGGCUGGUGCCUGCAAGAGUCCAUACUCUCACCACGACAUUUGUACUACGGCAGAAGUCAAAUUUACUGGCGCUGCCCUCACGGCUACCAGGCUGCUGAUGGCACCUCGUCUGGGCUUCGGAUUCCGGACGAUCCGUUGCCGAACGUAUCCGCCGUCCUCUACCGUGAUAUUCUGCGUUCUCAGACAGAUGAGCUCCCUGCACAGCGACUCUUGCUCGAAGAUUACUACAGUGUGGUGGAGCAAUAUUCUCAUCGCAGUCUUACCUUCAGCUCUGACAAGCUGCCUGCUUUUUCUGGCAUCAGUGAGCGCCUUCAUCCAGUCAUUGGAGGCAGAUAUCUAGCAGGGCUUUGGACGAAAGAUCUUGCGGCAGGUCUACUGUGGCAAACGGAGAUGGCCACAUGCAAGCAUGUGAAGCCAUACCGCGCACCUUCUUGGUCAUGGGCGGUCACUGACGAACAGAUUCUCUUCUAUGAGAGAGAAGCCUGGCCAGAGAGCUCAAUGGGUAUCAGACUUGUCGACUACAGCAUUCAUCUCAAGGAUGAAACCAAUCCGUACGGCGAAAUCAAGUCAGCUUCUAUCACUGUCCAAGGCCUCAUCUUGCCAGUAAUCCGCAGUAGACAACACAUCCAGGGAUUCGCUCGAGGAUACUAUCGUGGGUAUUUACAUUUCGAUGACGACCCACCUCGAUACGAAGGGGACAAUCCAGACAUGCCUAGACUUCGUCACUGUACAUUCCCAAUGCUGUUUAUAGCGGAGGAUGAUGAUGGUGUUUACCUCGUCGCUAUCACGUUCCAUCUCACAGGCAGUGAUGUUGAGCCGGAGAUCGAACAUAGCUUAUUCACCUCAGAAGAGUACCUUGCGUUGAUCGUCUGCGUCGACGAGCGUAAGGGUGACUCGGAAGAGACAGUCAGAUCUGUCCGGGGCUUGGUCGUCAAGCCAGUUUACGGUCGAAAGGAGGAUGGAGAUAUAACAUACGAGAGGGUGGGCAAAUUUGACUUUCAAUCGCUCAAGAUCUCACGGCUCCAGGCUUGGGAAACAAGGACUUUGACACUAGUCUAG